AUGCCUCAACCAUGUUCGAUCAAAGAUUGCACACGAACACCACGUUGGGUUUGUGAUUGUUGCCAGCAAAAUCUUUGUUUACAACAUUUAAAUGAACAUAAUGAUCUACUCAUUUCUCAAUUGAAUCCUUUAACACUUGAAAUUAAGGCACUUGAAGAUUGCCUUCAAGCAUUAAAUAUUCAAAAAACAAUUGAUAAUAGUCGUGAAAAACUUGAAGAAUGGCGUGAUGAUUGUUAUAAGAAGAUUGAUUGUUUAUUUGAACAAAAAUGUCGAGAACUUGACCAAGUUAUUAAUGAAAAAGUUGACCAACAGCGUGAAGAACUCAAUCGUAUACAUUUGAAGAUAACUGAACUGAUCGAUGCACAAGAAACAUCUCGACAAGAUAUAGAUUUAUUGACAUCAACUAUUCGUCAACUCGAAAUAAAUAUAAACAACAUUGAACAAAUAUGUUUUACGAUCGUUACUAGUCCAUUAGUAAUAGACGACACAUUCAUUUUUAUUAAGGAAACAACUGAACAUGAACUUGAUCUAUCAACUCUUUCGCCUGUGUACGAAACUAUUCAUCGUCCCAAGGGAAGUUCUGGACCAUUAACUUGCAAUGAUCGAUACCUAUUGAUACAUCAACAUCCAAAUUUAUGCCUAUAUGAUCGAGAAAUGAACAUAGUCAAACAAACGUUAUGGCGUUAUGUCAAUAAUACACAAAAUAUUAUUAAUACUGAUCAACAUGAGAAUACAGCACAUGGUUAG